CGCUCGGAUUUUGGGUCUCACCCCCGCGCGGCUUGUAAACUGAUCGCUGAUAUAAGGAUUGUGGGGUUUGGCCUCUGUGAUAAAAUCAUACAGCACUUCUCCUGACCUAUACAUACAACUUGAUUUCAUGAGAUUAUUCUGUGCAAAAUUGUGUUUCAACACACGAAGCUUCUCGACAUCUUCAAUAAAAAUGGCUACCAAAAACGUUCUCAUUCUCGGAUCAGGUCCACGAAUCGGUGAAGCUGUCUCUGAGAAGUUCGCGGCAGAAGGAUACAAAGUCGCCAUUGUCUCGAGAAAAGGUACAAACUCAGUCAAUGAGAAGGGAUAUCUUUCUCUCUCGGCCGAUUUUGCCAACACCGACCCCAGCAUCUUGGCUUCUAUCUUCGACAAAGUCAAGAGCGAAUUCUCAGCGGCUCCUAGCGUAGUCAUAUACAACGCCGGUUCCAUCACUCCUCCACCUGAUGCAGAAUCAGCCUUGUCCAUCCCAAGUUUCCCAACCACUUUGGUUUCAGCUCAUAAAGUCCCCCAAUAUCUCAAUGUGCUUCGAAAGCCAGUGUUUUACGCCCAAUCCCCCUCAGAAACCUUUCUUAUUCAGAAAAAUGCUAACUUUGUUGUUCCGCAGGCUCGCGUUACUAACGAUUUGAACGUCAAUGUUGUCACUCCGUUCAUUGCCGCACAAGAAGCUAUCAAAGGCUGGGAAACUCUACCCGCAGAGAGCAAGAAGGUAUUCAUCUACACAGGUAACAUCUGUAAUGUCGCUGUAUUGCCAGUGCCAUUGUUGUUGAACGGUGGUAUGGGAAAGGCAGCUACUGCCUACUGGCUUGGUGUUGCUGACGGAGCAUAUACAGCCAAGGGUUACCGAUUCAUUUACGCAGACCAGCGCCAAGCCGACGGAAAGAUCGCAGGGCAGGCGGUCAACGGUCCCGCGCAUGCCGAUUUCUAUUCGCAAUUGGCAGCGAGUGGCGCCGAGAAAGUUCCAUGGCAUGCUACAUUUGUGAAGGACCAAGGUUAUACCAAAUUUUAGAUAUCGAUUGGCUUCUUAGCUAGCGCAUGUAAAAUGGCCAAAUAAAAAAUAA